GUUGUAUUAUUUUGCAUACAGCCAACGCUCAGUAAAAUGUAGUAUCUGCCAGUAGAAUCCCAUCUUUAGCAGCACAGCACUUAUCGCAAUUGCACAGCAUAGAGGGAUGAUUGGAGAUGCCGAAUUUAGACGCAUUGCUGUGCAUGGGCUGUGCAGCAGAUCGGCAAAGGGGCUUCUUCCUUACCCUUUGCCAACACCAUACACCGUACUUGUCCUGUCCUUUCCAACAUCGGACCAAUUACCUGUGAACAAAGGCUGCAGAGGAGUAUCAACGAACAUCAGCAGCAGCUUUUCGGGAUUGUUUCGGGCCUUGAAUUUGAUAGCAGGCAUGUCCGCAGAGGCAACAUCAGGCGUGCGAGGAACACCCAUACCCACUUGGCCCUUACCCAUGACGACGCCAGCAGCCAACAGCGCUUCUGAGUCUUCACAACCUCCACGAAUUCAGAAACACCAUCUCCAACAACACGCAGCAGCCAUCACCCUGGAUGCUAUCAGCAGACAGCAGUAUCCUGUUCAGAACAUAUAUGGCCAAGGCGAUGGCGCUCUGAUUCCCACAGACGGCCCUGCCACGGAGCCGAAUGGUCCUCGCACUUACACCUACAUCGCAGCUCCCAAUUCUGUUGCAUUCGCCGUUCAGUCGACAACUACCGUGCCUCAAGACAAUGUCCCUCCAUCUGAUGACGCUCAUCCCUCCGAACAUCCCGAGAAAGAUUCAGAGGCGUCGUCGUCCCGUCCGGCUCGUUCCUCCCAGAGCCCUGAGGCCAGCUCUAGCCAGGGUGGCGUCGGUGCCAAUCACUAUCCAUCUGCCAGCGGCGUGCCCCGCCUUCCACCUAUUCUUCAAGUUGAGAAACAGCAAGUCACGACUUCUGCUACCCAGCUUGCCAGUGCGAACAGGCGCAGAAACGAAGCUCAUUUUCAAUGCCCAGUACCUGGUUGUGGGAGCACUUUCACUCGUCGCUUCAACCUCAGAGGUCACCUAAGGUCUCAUACCGAAGAGAGGCCAUAUGUAUGCCAGUGGCCCGGUUGCCAGAAGGGUUUUGCCCGUCAACAUGACUGCAAACGUCAUCAGGCACUCCAUACCGCCAAGGCACAAGCGAAUGUCUGUCAAGGCUGCAAGAAGACUUUCAGCAGAUUGGACGCGUUGAAUAGACACUUACGCUCCGAUGGCGGCGCAGAAUGUAGACGAAUACAUGAUGCAAAACGCGCUAGCAAUGAAGAAGCAAUAGUAGCUUAGGGUUAGGGUUGUAAAUUGUAAUAUCAAUUUUAAUCAUUAUGUCUUUUGCACACCGAA